GACAAAUUAUUAUCAAAUUGUAUCAUGGUAUUAGAGCCUAGGUUUAAACCCUAGCCCUUUUUUUCGAGACUGUGCCUUCACCGCCGGUCUCCUUCCUCUCGCCGGUCGACCAUAAACGGCAACCAUGACUCAAUCUUCAGAUCCGCUUGCUUCGCUUCCUUCUCGCGUCAAGCUUCUUCUCCGCAAUCUCCAUAAUCUUAUCCUAGAGAAGCUCACCGAUUCAAAUUAUCAUGCAUGGUCUCUCAAUGUCAAAACUGCUCUCGAGGCCAACCUUCUUCUUGGUUGGAUCGAUGGUCAUGAAGUUGCGCCUCCAAAAAUCCUAUCCAAGGAUGGCAAGGAAAACCCUAACCCAGAAUUCCAAACAUGGAUUGUGAUUGAUACUCAGAUCCGUGCAUGCCUUCUUGCCGUCAUCAGUCCGUCUGUUCACAAGCAUGCGGCAGCGGCUUCUCAGCCCGGCGUUGGCUCCUUCGCUGCUGAGGUCCCCCUCGAACCAGCAGCGUCAACUGAGGACGGCGGUGGCUCCUUCAACUUGGCGGUGGCGCUCCCUUGCUGCUUCGACGCGGCUGCUGUGCCCUUUGCAGCCACGCUGAUUCGCUGGCCGUGAAUCUUCUUCCUCACACGCUCUUCGGCGGCAGGGCGAGAUCAAAUUGACAAUUUUGAGAUCUCCUCUGCGCGCGAUCGGACUCGUUCAGAUCUCCAGCGGAAAACUCCAGGCGGCUGCGCACGCACACCCCAAAAAAACCUAGGUGACAACU